CAUGUACAUCAUUCUCGUUCUCAUCUUGCUCUUCUUCCUCCAAGGAAUAGAAUGAGUAGAAGGCUAUACCCAUUCUGGCAUUGAUGGUCCAUCCUCACCUAGUAGCCUUUUUACCCAAGAUACUGGAAGCGUGCUUAAUUUAGUAGCGAGGAGCUCCCUGCAAAAAAUUAAAAAUGAAUGAGAGUUUUAUAUAAUUGAAAUAUGUAUAAUAUUUGGCGAAGCAUGUAUCUUGUCACAUUUUAUCCUUUCUUCUCUCCCUCUAAUCUCUACCUGAGUUCAUUAUCUUUCUUCAACGUUGUCUGCUGCAUCCAUAUCCUAUUUGUUCAACUUGUCAAUAUAUCAUCAUGGACGACGAUCUGGAAAACAGGUCUGCAGAUCUAGCUAGACCGCCUCCCUCCAAUGCUUCAUCGCCAAUGCCAUCAAAUUUAAAUGCGGCUUCACCACCGAAUCCUUUAUCCAGACAUAAUUCAAGACAUACCAUUGUAUCUAUUGAAGAUAAUAAUAUACCUUUGACAUCCCAGGCUCCAAUUGCAUCCGCUACUACUUCACAACCUGUCUCUCACUCUUCUGAGACAUCAUCACCUGCAGUGUUAUCAGAAUCGAAUCAAGGUAUACGAUGGUAUUUUGAGCAGUCAUCAGACUCAGGAAUCAUAGGCAAGAUUGGAGCUAUCAGCCAAACACCCAUAGUUGUUCCGUUCAAUCAGAGUUGGGAGUGUUUAUUUGAGAUAGGGCAAAUUAAACGUGGUUGGUACUCUAUAAUCCUCGGUGUGACACUCAACUCUGAAUUUAUUCACGAUUCAGAUAUGCUGAAAAUCGAAAUGAAGCAGCUUAACUCCAAUCGAAGAGCUCUGUAUUCUACAAAGAACUGCACUACUAUCGCAAGAAUCGAUGAGAUCCAUUCUAUUCGAAGAGGGGUAUUUACGAGACUAAGGUUGCAUCGGCAGAUUGAGAUUAGUAUUGCCACAUACAUUCAACUCUCAAUCAACGUGAUGAAAAGUGACCUAUCGAACUUGGGCCUAGAUUUACAUUACGUUGAAUUGGAUGUAGGGCACACAGUAUCGUCAGAUCUUGUCCUGUAUGAUGGGUUCAAGCCUCAUCAUAUCAUCAAUGUGAGCUAUGGCGAUAAUGGUACUUGGGACAGGACUAAGAAAAUACACUCUUAUGCACUGAACGCCAACGGGACGCAUGCUGCAACACUGUGCUUUACUGAAGAUGGUCAAGGUAUCAUCGAACUCUGGUCCCUUGACACCGAGUUACCUGAAGAACUCCAAGAUGGUACAACAAAGAGGCACUCCACCCUAAUUGCACAAGGGCACAUAACUUCAAUCAAAGUCAGUCGCCCUGAUUUAAUUAGUAUCUCCAUGUCCGUUGCAGCCUCAGGAAAAUACAUCGUCAUUCACUCUAUAGAGCCGGUAGCAAAGCUCUCUGCGUUAGAUGAGACUUCAAGCACACCCAAGGAUCCAGAGAACACAAUACUAUGCCGUAUUCUAAGCUACUUUCCUUCCACUGUAUCCAAGGACAUUUUAUCUCCUAGAGAAUUGCACUUAGAUGAAGCUUGCGAUGGCCUUCGAGGGUUUCGCGGCUAUGGAAAGUUCCACUUAUGCUCCCUCAGUGACGACCAAGGAAACACGAGUGAAUACUACAUCACCUGCGACGGAUACUCGAUCUCAAUCUACAGCACCAAUAUAUAUGAUAAAUGGUCGCUAAUCAAUACUUUGGACAUGACAGCGGAACAAAAUUUGGAGGCUGCAUCAAUAUUCAUUACAAACUUACGUGGCAAUCGCUUUGCGUGGACUGGUAGCAGAAACGUGGUAUCCUUCUGGGAUAUCGUAAGAAUGAAGCAGCUCUCAUAUAUUAAAGUCACUAGUGGCGUUGCUGGGUCAUUUGUCGGUUUGUCUGGUGAUGGGUCCCUGGCAGCAAUCUCUGUUAAAAGAUGCAUCAGCAUCUAUGAAACGGCCUCGGGUAUGAAGCUUGGUGACUACACUGAAGGGUUAGGAGAUGAUAAGCAGUUUGGGGUGGUAAUGGAUCAUGAGAACUUUAUGAUAUUUGACCAGGAUCCCCCUGAUGAUCCAAAGCAUCGAUUUAUUGAGUGCAAGAUCAUAAGGGCAUGUGACAUGAAGUCCAUCCGCUCUUUCUCAAUACGCAAGGAUUACAGCCUUAGUUUCCCAAACCCUUUGAAAGAUCAGAUCUUUGUCUAUCGAGAGGGUCCUGUUAUGGACGUCAUCAAGAUAGGUAUUGAUGCCAUUUUUGCACCUAGUAUUAUCUUCAGUGAAGAAGAUUUAGAAAGUACAGAGCACCAUGAACUUAGUCGCGAGUUCAGGCUGAAGUUAACGUCAACUUCUGGCGUCGGAUUCAUUUUGACCACCAAAAAUGAUGUGCUCAGUGGUGGUGUGCUGACGGUUGUUACCAUUACUCGUGUCGACCUGCCCUCAGAACAGCAUCAUUUCCCUGCACUGUUUUCGCCUUCACUUUCAGAUUCAACCGCCUCGAAAAAACAGGCAAGUCUUAAAAUACCGCUAGGGCCAUCACAUAUAGUUCAUUCAUGCAUGUUUUUGCCAGCAACCUCGCGGCUUGUGUUGAUGACAGGUCAUUAUAUGCAAGUGUGGCGAUUGAUCGAAGAGGGUGGGUCGGACUCACCAGAGGUUGCGAGGCUAGAGCUUGUGUGGGCACUUCAAGAAGAGGCUGAUCUAGAACAUCGAAUGACCGAUCCUCGAAUCUACAGGAUCUCUAGUGCCAUGGCUAGCAAAGAUGGGACGCAGUUUGCUUUAACCCUUUUGUCUAAAAAAUGGUACAAGGAACUCAAGGAAUCAUCGAAAAAAUCAAGGGGUUUUAAAGUUAAAAAGCUCACCUACCCCCAUUCUUCUUUGGACAAUCUUGGUACCUCAGAAGAGAUUCGAAUAUCUCAUGGCACCCGCAAUCUCAUAGACAUGUAUGCCGAUGGCGACGCAGCAUGUCAGGAGGCUGUUAUUCAAUAUCUAAAGGCCCUUGUUCGACCAUCUUCUCAGAAUCCAGUCUCUUGCAUUUCUACAUUAUGUGAAGUCUGGACGUAUGAAAAUCGGAAUUUUUUGGAGCAGAUCAUGAAGGCUUUGUUGCCUCCAACAAAGAUCACUUGGAUUCCGGACUCUAAGGCUAUCGCUGCUCAUAAACUCUGUGAUCCCCUUAAAAAGCUUUUCCAAAUUGCAGAGGCGCAGCCUGCGGUCAUCAGUGUUGCUAAAGUAAUUAUGGACUACUGUGUCAGUCAUGCCAACAGUUCUCGCAAUCUCUCAUUCUUGACCCCCAUAUUUGGGUCAAUGAAACAAGUGAUGGACACCUUCCCAGAGCAGGCGCUUGACUGUAUUGAACGAAUAGCAUAUAUUCCAGCUACGGAACGGUCCUAUAUUAUCGAUAAUCACAAAAUCGCCUACCCGCCAAUGUUUCGACUCAAGUUCUGGCAGUCACCAUCAUUAGCUCUGUCCGAAAUACCAGAUCCAAUUAUGCAGCUACAUGUGGUAGCUAAGCCACGGGAUCCCAAAAAUGACCUGUUUACAGAUUCAGUGUUCAUGGCUUCUUUUGACGCACUGUGGCUCUGCCACGAUGAUACAAUCAACGCCGAGGAUAAAGAAACCGGCCAUGAUGACUUUAAUAGGGGAGCAUCCCUCCCUGAAGGACGGCUCAAACCAACGCAUAUAAUACCAUGGACGACACGGUGGAAGUCAAUGUACCAAAUGUUUCUUCUCAAGUUGCAGCUCAAAAACCGAAUAUACGUCAAACCUCACAACUUUACUCUGGAUUUUUUUGAUAACCCAGCCAUAACUGCUUUGGUCACGUACAAAUGGAAUACGAUUGGGUUCCCUUAUUGGCUUAGCAGAUUUGCAUUCCAAUGUAUUUAUUAUAUUCUGGUCCUUGUGGUUGCUUUCAUGCAAGUAUAUUAUUCCGGCGAGGACCACGCUCCACUUAUCGGAUUGUUCAUUAUGAUAAUAGUUAUGUCAGUCAUCUUUAUAUGGCUUGAGACUUUGCAAGCAUAUCAAGAUUGGAAGGGAUACAAAAAAUCAAUAUAUAAUUCGAUUGAUAUCCUGGCGUUUUUAAUACCAAUGGCCGCUGGUAUCCAUCAAUUGGUUAUCAUUUUCAAUGACGACCAGGCUGGAAAUACCAGGCUUGUCAGUUUCUCCGUCCUGGCUGUAUUCUUGCAUAUGCUCUUUGAGCUCAGGAUCAACCAGAUGGUAUGCAUAUAUGUGGCGAUUAUUCAGCAAGCUACUGAGGAGAUCCAAGUCUUCUUCGUGAUCUUUGCAGCAGGGCUCAUUGCGUUCACAGUUGGGAUGUUACAUCUUCUUCAUGCCUGUCCAACAGGUGGAUGUGAGCGAGCAGAAGAUGAAGGGUUCUUCCCUAUCCAAUUCUUCGGUGCACUAUCCGCAACGUAUUUCAUGCUGGGUGGUCGAUAUGAUCCUGUUGACUCAAAAUUUACUUCUGAAGACUGGGCUUUCCAUAUUAUGAUGAUGUUGUUCUUUUUCUUCACUGUCAUCCUAAUGCUGAAUGUGCUUAUUGCGCUUAUCAAUGUGGCAUUCAUAAAGGGCGAUGGCAGAUGGCGCCUGAUAUGGUUUGAAUCGCGUCUGCGAUACAUUGAGGCGGCCGAAAAUAUGUCAUAUCAUAUCCCAGAUUACCGGAAGACGUACGACUGUUUCCCACGAGAAAUCUAUUUCACAGCGACUGCGCGGCAGAUGAAAGCCUACCAAGAAAAGUUGGAUGCUAGCGCUGACAAGGAAAUGGGAAAACGUGUUACUAAUGUGGAUGCGCGCGUAGAGCAAUUGCAGGAGCAGCUACAGGAGCUCAAGGAACUGUUACUUCAGAGUACUAGACAGCAACGAUAAUAUAUACCCCUUUUCACUCUCCCCAUUUUUGG